AUGUUAUUACUAUUUUCAAGCUAUUUGUUUGUUUUUCACGUCCUAUCAACUCCUCUAGACAUUUGCGUUCGAAAUUACCAAAAUUGUGAGGCAUGUGUUAACUCGACCGACAUUUUUGGACAGCGUUGUGUUUGGUGUAUUACAAAUAAUCGAUGCGGAACGAUUCAAUCAAUCGAGUGUGAUUCGGAUGACGCCACAUUACAUGUUUAUAAUUGCCCCGGCGAUGUCAACAAUUUUAUAUAUGAUGAGCAGUUUAUGAGGGAAAUUGCGACGCCGUUGAUCGCUUCAACAAAUGCUCCAAACAUGGAAAUACUGUCCAGUGUGUUGAAUUCGUGCUUCAAAGAUAAUGCUAAUGUUUAUAAUACUUAUGAAAUAUUCUGCGAUGAGGAUAAUGUUACAACUUGCUACGCCUAUUCGGUGUAUCUAAAACGCGAAAACGCAUUUGCAAUGAUAUUCCGUGGAACCAGCACAAUAUUUCAAUUGAUUGACGAAGGAAUAUCGUUUUUUCUGCGCCGAAAAGUUGAUUUUCUAGAAACCGGCGGUGUUGUGGACAGCUACUAUCUAAACGGGUUUCGAAAUCUCUGGAAAAGAAAUUUAAAGAGAGAUUUUGAAACAUUAUACAACAGAAAUCCCGAUGCAAAUUUUUGGUUUUUCGGCCACUCGCUUGGUGGUGGCUUAGCCUCAAUCGGAUCAAUGAUGAUCCAGAAGAAAUACAAUAUUCCGAAAAAUCAGGUAAAAUUAGUGACAUUCGGAAUGCCUAGAAUCGGCGAUAUUGAACUAGCAAUGGCACACGACGAAGCAAUUCCGGAUUCAAUUCGAAUUGUCAAUUCGAGAGAUCCGAUUCCCGCACUACCACCCAGAACCUAUCCAGAUACAAUCAACAGUGGAUCAUUCCAUCAUUCCCGCGAAGUAUGGUACCCGAAUGGGAUGUCUCAAGGAGCAGUAUACAUAAUCGGAAAUCGGCCAGACACCAAUAUCGGAAGAAGCUUGAUCCCUUUCAACAUAGACCACCAUUUCAAAUAUUUCGAUGCAGUAUUAGAAGAUUGGUAUAAAACCGGAUGUCGGAAAAUAACAAUAAAUUAA